AUGGGUAUUCUACCGGGACCAACUCUAGACCAGUUGCAAACACUACAGCCGCGAAUGGUUCGAAGGAAUUCAAUAUCAAGCGAGAACUCUUCCGUCGACAACCCAAAAAUUGUUCUUGUUUUCUUUAUCGGUGGUUGUACAUCCCAUGAAGUCUCAGCUUUAAGAUCUAUAAGCCAACAAGAGGACUCCAAUGUUGAAUUUGUUAUUUUAACAACUAAAUUAAUUAACGGCAAUACAUUUAUCGAAUCUAUAUUGGAAUUAGAUUAA